CAUUUUAAAGUUUACGCUUUCAACUUUUUCUAAAUUAAACAACAUGCCCAAUCCCCUUUUGAUUCACCAUCACCAAUGCAGUUUCAUUGUCUCUAAAACCCUAAACCCUAUCAUUAUCAAAGCCUCCAGAAUUUGGCGGGAAAAUUAACUCCCAAAAAUCCUAUUUUCACUUCCCCUGGUUCUCAUGCAAGCCUCUCUAAAGUCGGUCCAAUUCCAAUGGGAAUUUUCAAAAUUGCCAGAAUUCAUUUCUAAAACGCCCAAGUUCACUCCCAGAAAAGCCCUAACUUUAACCACCAACUCUUUAAGAACCUCAAUUAACUACGAACCAGAGGAAGGACUCAACAAAGGGCCCAAACCGGCAGGACUGAAGAAGCUCCCGGUGGUGGUUCGGGGGUCAGGUCGGGUUUCGAGGUACUUCUGGGACGGGAAUGGUUUGCAAUUGGUCAGUGUUGAUGGUGGUGCGUCGUCGUUUGGUUUGGAUUUCGACGAUGGGUUUAGGAAAUUGCUAAGAAUUUGUAGUUUGGCUUUUAGGGACUUUUUUUUACCCAAACAAGUGAGUGAGAAUUAUAUGAAUUAUGUUAAGUGGAAGUUCUUGCACCGCGUGUUUAGUUCUGCUCUUCAAGUUCUUGCCACUCAGGCAAUGUUUCGCGCCAUAGGAAUUGGGUACUCACGUUCAUUGCCAGCAGCAGCUGCCUUGAAUUGGGUUUUAAAGGAUGGGCUUGGACGGUUUUGUAGGUGCAUCUACACUGCUAGCCUAGCAUCUGCUUUUGAUACCAAUUUGAAGAGGGUUAGGUUCUCAACAUCUGUCCUGUUCAGUUUGAGCAUUGGAGUUGAAGGCUGCUGGACUCCUGUAUUUCCCAAGUACUUCUUGCUUCUUGCUUCUAUAGCCAACAUCGCUAACAAUAAGUCUGCAUGCUACUUGGCAACUGGUUCUGCUGUUCAUCGAAGCUUUGCAGUGGCUGAUAACCUUGGUGAAGUUUCUGCAAAAGCACAGAUUCAAACAGUGUGCUUUGAUAAUCUUGGGCUCAUGAUUGCUGCAUCUUUUAAUAUGUUGCUGAAGAGCAAUCAAAGAUUGCAAGCAGGUUUACCUUUUGUAGUAUACCCCAUUUUCUCUGCAAUUGACCUCUUUGGGAUAUAUCAAGGGCUUAAGCAUGUCCAUCUGCAAACAAUAACUAAGGAUAGGCUUGAAAUCAUACUCGAUAAAUGGAUUGAAUCAGGACAUGUGCCUUCUCCAGCAGAAGUCAGUAAAGAGGAAAGCGUUGAUUUUCUAUGGAGCAAAGGCAAAGAAUUGUGUCCCAUCAGAAUAGGGUGCUUAAAUCCUAAGUGUCAGAUACCCAAGUCGUCAAUGACAGUGAUGCAGUCUUUAACCGACGAAGAUUAUUACUUCAUGUGCAUAGAGAUUUUCAGCAAAGGUUUGACAGGAAAUGAGCAACUUGGUAUCCUUCUUUGUCUACGAGAAGGUGCGAGUGUUACGGAUGUUAUCAUGGGCUUGUUGCAGGCAUGCUAUGUCCGCAAGGCUCUCCGAUUGAGUAGUUGGUGGGAGAAAAUGGUCGGAGCUAGUGAUGCCUCAGACUUGAUUCUCAAGGACGAGGAAUGGUUUAAAUUGAUUGAGGACAGUAAGCGAUGUGCCCAAGGGAACUUGUCCAUGUUAAAUGAACAAAUCUCAGCACUGGGUUGGGCUGCCAAAAACAUUCUGUUCAAUACUCAGGAGCGGGUCCGAUACACUUUUGUAGAUGACUGAAAAUACCAGGGUAAUCUUCGAAUUUUGGAGUCUCUUUGAAAUUUGAGCAGAAUUUGGGGGACAUGUUAGGAUUUUUGUUUUGUUGCUUCUUCUCUCAACCACUAGGAUCAUCUUCAUUUCAUUAGCUAAUAAUUCAUUUCUAUUUACGUACAUUCCAUUUGUAUAUGUCACAUACCUAAUUCCUUCGUUGUACUUCUCGUAAGACCAAAAGGAACUCUCUUACGGGAAAAGUUAAAAAAAUAAACAGUUUGUCAUCGUUUCUAGCCCCACGUGUUCUCCGCGUGCCUUAUCUUUGA